AUGGAUUUUGUUUCUCAAGUUGAACAAAGAAACAUUGAUGAAGCUUUAUGGGAUGAACAUUGGUUAAUGGAAACGCUUGAAGAGCUGAAUCAAUUUAAGAGAAAUGAUGUAUGUGAUUUAAUUCCUAAACCAACCUUUCACAAGUCAAUCGGAACCCAAUGGGUGUUUCAAAACAAACUUGAUAAAUCCGAAAUCAUAGUAAGGAAUAAAGCAAGAUUGGUUGCAAAAGGAUACAACCAAGAAGAAGGAAUUGACUAUGAUGAAACCUAUGCUCCAAUUGCAAGGUUAGAAGCUAUAAGAUUGCUACUUGCAUUUGCUUGUAUUAUGAAUUUCAGACUUUUUUGGAUGGAUGUAAAAAGCACCUUCCUCAAUGCUGCAUUGAAGAAGAAGUGUAUGUAG